CGGAGAGGUUCCCGAAUCCACGACGCCCAUAGGCUCCGCUUCCUCACAACAAGGCCAAGUCUCGAUACCUACACCACACGCGCGAGCUAUCAUCGCCCCGUAUGUGCCCUGAAGACUCUGUAGAGAAGACGAGGCUCAUGGACGUGCAGGCAUGCCGGAUACUCGUACUCAGGUCCUGCUGCAGCAUGGGCCUACAAGAGCGCUGACUGGGCGAAUGCGUGAGUACAUAUCGGUCAAAAAGACAGUCAGGGUUCCGCACUGACUGCUCGUAGCAAACGCGUCUUCCUACUCGGCCCCUCUCACCACUACUACCUCACUGGCGCUGCGACGACAGGUUGCGAGAAGUACCGUACACCUCUCGGCGACCUGACUAUAGACACAAAGCUAGUGGAUGAGAUACAAAACCAAUGGGACCUGGAGACAAUGUCAAAAGGAGUGGACGAGGACGAGCAUAGUCUGGAGAUGCACCUUCCGUACAUCUACAAGAUGCUGUCACUGAAGAACACAAACUUCCAGAAUGAUUCGACAUCUGUGCCUCUAGUACCUAUCAUGGUCGGCAACACCGAUGCAGCCAUCGAAGCUCACUACGGCUCCCUCCUCGCGCCAUACCUCUCCGACCCUUCCAAUGUGUUUGUAAUCUCAUCUGAUUUCUGUCAUUGGGGCUCCCGCUUUCGAUACACGUACUACCAGCCCGCCGACGGCUCAGCAGCAACUCAGCUUAGGUCAAGCUCUCGCGUACCGAGCGACUAUCCCAUACACGAGAGUAUUGCUGCUGUCGACCACGAAAGUAUCGACGCGGUUGAGAGUGGGUCACAUAAGCAGUUCUUGGAUCAGCUCAGGAAGACUGGCAACACCGUGUGUGGAAGACACCCGAUUGGUCUCUUCAUGGCCGCGGUAGAGAAGGCAGAUGGUUUAGGUCAAGGAAGGGGCAUGUUCAAGUUCCUGCGGUAUGAGAGGAGCAGUUUGGUGGAAGAAGUAAAGGAUAGUAGUGUGUCGUAUUGCAGUGCUUUCGCACUCCUCUAAAGCGAGCUCUCAUCUAUAGAGCUUGUCGAGUCCUCGAUAGUAACGGAUAAUAAUGAAAAAAAGAAACCAACGACUAUGA